AUGGAUGAUAUGAAUUCUUUUGGAGAAGCUUUCUUAAGGGACCCUAGUGCUAUUCCUUCGGCUCGCAGCUCUGGUUCUCAGUCACAGCAACAGCAACAAGAGAAGCAGCAGCACAAAGCACCACAGCUGCUUUCCUCAGGGAUGAGUCUACACGGCUCCCCGGCAACAGCACCAUGUUCGUUAAAAAGCAGCUCCAUUUCCUCGGCUGACUCGCCCCAUGGAGGCUCCUCGGCGCCAAGUCCUGCUUCGAUACGUUCGGCGAGAGGAGCAACCGGAGCAGCAGCGGGAUCGUUCUCGGCGGAAAGUGGUAUUGCUGGGCAGGCGCACAGGCGCACCGCGAGCAAGCAGGUCAACCGCGUUGACUCACCAAGGGUAGAUCGGCGAGAUUCUGAGGGUCUGGGAAGCUCCUUACCGCAGCUCCCCCAGCAUGGGUUAUCGGGACAGGUAGAUGCAGAGGGAAAGGGCCUGGCGCACCUCCAACUUGUUCAACAGGCUGCUUGGCUCAAGCAACAGCUGGAACGUAUGCAAGUUGCGAGCCCUGCAUUUGGGCCGCAAGAAGGGCAUCAGCAACAGUCUCAGGCUACUCAGCAACAGCAGCAGCAGCUGCUGCUGCUGCACCAACAGCAUCAACAACAACAGGCAAUCUUGCAGCUGCUGCAGUUGCAACAGCAGCAGCAGCAGCAGAACAAUCAAGUCCAGCCGUUCUCUCCCGCUUCAUUUGGCUCAUCUGUCGACUUGAACCAACUCAACACAGCUGCUGCACAACUGCAGCAGGCCUUUGCCUCGGGCCAGCUCUCCAUUGGCGGCUCGUCCAUGGCCCCAUCCGCUGCGAUCAACCUCCAUGCAGGCGUACUAGCUCAGUAUGGCCUACUCACGCCGGUCAAUUCGGGGUCUUUCAAUAUCUCGAACUUGGCUUCGCAGCAUGGUAUACCCAGUCCCCUGCAGAUCCCCAGCGGAUCGGGAAUUUUCACGACCGGUAAUACUCCUGGUGGAGACAUGUCCAAUGUAUCGCACCAUUCUGCGCAGGGCCAAGGUCAUUCACUCCCUCAAGCUCAUCACUGCGCGUAUGGCCCAGCAGCGGCCGGUAACAGCGUGAUGCAUACGCCAGUCGAAUCGCCAGCCAUCACACCCGCCAGCGUCUUUUCCGCCCUGGGCAACUCGUCCGUCGCGAGCAGCAGCGAUUUCUUCUCUCCGCUCGUCUCACCCGCACUUCGGCCUGAUCCGCCGCCCCUCGGAGAGAUGCUCCCGCCAAGUAUAGCGUAUGCGAAUCUGAAUGCUGCUUCUUCUCCCGCUGCGCCAUAUCCGCAAGCGCAUACACAUGGUCACCAUACCUCGCACUAUUACAUUAGCACCACACCGACUGCUUCGCCACUGGCGCUUAUCGGCCGGUCUGGUCCGCCGCCGUCCAGCAGCAAUGGAAGCGGCAGCGGUGGUGUUAGUGGUAGUGGUGGUGGUGGCGCAGGGACGGGCACGCGCAAGCAACGCGGUGCAAGUUUGAUGGAGGGCAAAUCGAGCAAGGUCCGGCCGUCGCCGCUAAUGAAGCCGCAGACGGGCCGACGGCGGAGAGACAAUUCAAUGUCCACUAGCACUUUGCCAAGCCCUAGCAUGCCGUUUGGUGCCGCAGGUGCCGGCAACAGCAUGAGCCAACCUGGAUCGCGCCGGGGAUCGAUUUCUGAGAAGAAUGGUGCAUUCGCGCUGCCUGCUGCCAGCAAUGGCGGCGGCUCGCAGGCGCGUUCCAGAAGCUCGAGCAUGGCACGCAACCAGAGCGUCGGUGCAGGUGCGACUGCCGCGCAAGGGCAGACAAUCAUCAAUGGCCAGGUGGUCGGUAGUAUGGCAGCCGUCGCCGCCGCCGCCGCAGCUGCAGCGCAAAAUCUUUCGAACGGCUUUCCGCCACUUGGACUCACGAACGGCCAGGGGAUUUCAAUGGAUGCUUCGCCCGAGGGCGGGACCACAUCGACGCCUUCACCGAUCGACCUGAAUGCUGAAUCGCAAGGAUUCGUACCGCUCCAUACAGGGACAUCGCAGCCGCUCACACCGGCUUCCAUCAUGGGCUUGAGUAAUCGGCAGCUGCAGGCGCCGACACAGGCGCAGAGGCAGCAGCAGGGUCAGCAACUACAAAGCGCAGCCUUGCAGCACCUGCCGCACCUGGCUCAGCAAGUCCAAACGCAAGGCUUAGUGCAAGCGAGUGGGAAAGGCUCGUCUGUCGCUUCGCCUAGUCCGACGAGAAGUUCUCUCAAGGAGAAGGGCAAGGCGAGCGGCUCCGAGAGUAGUCGAGUUACAUUCAGUACUCCAGCAGGCAAGGCCAGUGCGCAGCCCAUUUUGCCGGGUGGCUUGUCCAGCGCCGAUCGAGAUGCUUGGAUGUCAAUCAAGAUCAAGGGUGGCGAAGGGGUAGAUUCGCGCAGGACUUCGCACAAGGCAGCCGAGCAAAAGAGGCGAGACAGUCUCAAGUAUUCUUUGGACGAGCUACGAGGCUAUCUACCGGCCAUCAUGGUCGACGACGAGGCACCAGGGGGCUCUAUCCUCGGGCCAGAUGGCCUACAGGAGGACGAAGAAUUGGAACAAUUCUCCGUCGCUGAGAUUGCCGAUCCGGAGCAGGCGCGCAUCGCAAACAAGGGCAUCUCGAAAGUCUCGCUUUUACGGCACAGCAACGAGUACCUAUUGCGCCUGCGUACGCGGAUGGAACGACGCGACAUAGCGCUCAAGGAGGCGAGAGAGGAGGUGCUCCGACUGAGGACCAUGCUUGCUCGAGUUGGCAUCUUUGUAGAUGAGACGGAUGUCACACGCAAGAUGAAGGCGGCUGCUGGCGGCAAAACGGCACCAGAUCUGAAGGACAUUCAGGUGCCGCUGCUUACCAUAGCGCCUCCCGCUGUUGCGGGAGCACUAAUAGCAGCCACAGCAGCGGGAGGGGCGGAUGCCGGGAUCUUAACUGCUAGUGUUGAACAUGAUAGAGUGACAGGUUCACAGGAGACAAAGCAGCAGGAGCCUGAGCCGCAGAGCAUGGACGUUUCAUAG